UAAGCAGACCAAGUAACUGACUUUAACGCUAAAAAUUUGAAUGGACGAAAAUAACAGGUUUGUUAGUUGUUGUUUUUUUUCUUUUUACAAAUGUAAAACUAAUUAUAUUGUAUUGUGCGAUGAUUAACAAGUUUGGAUACUUUUUUAAAAAAAUUGUGUUGUUUUGUAUUUAAACUACUUAUAAAAGAAAAUGUGUUGAUUUCUUCUCUAGUUCAAAUGUAAGUUACUUAAAUUAUCACCUUGUAAUAUACAUCAUUCAGUUGUUUCAUUACUAUAUGUAAUCAUAUUUGUUGUCUUAAUCAAACUUCGGGCCUAAGUUUUUUUCACUUGAUUCAUUAAAUGAGGAACUAAGGUGACACCACAGAUAUAGAGGAAAAAAUUAUUUAAUAACACCGAAUUUCUAGUUAUAGAUUUAUUUUAAGUCGCCUAUAAAAGAAGCCAAUAUCAAAACAGUUCAGUCCAACAUUUAUAGAUAUUAAGACAUUCAAGCUAGCAUGUAGGCUUACACUUGGUUUGAGGCUUGAAAUGUAUGAUUAAUUUUUCCUAAAACUGAUUUGUAGGCACGUCCACACCACCAAAUGUUGGAUGCCAUCACCAGUUAAUGUUGAUAAUGUUUAUGUCAAAAAAAAAUAAUAAUAAUAAUCACAGGCUGUAAACAGACUAUUGGAUUAAAUACAUUUAUACGUGCCAUUCGGGUGAGGCACAGGGAACUUGUUUCAACUCCAGUUCUCACUAGAUCUCAUUGAAGCGAAGCAACGUCAACACUGGUUGAACUUUCUUAUCACAACGUAUAUUUUACUUCCUUGUUGGAUAUUGAGCAAGGAUAUAAGCAAAAGGUUUACAUAAAAUGUUACCAUAUUUAUUUUUUAAAAAUUGAAUUUUUUAAUUGCUUAAAAAAAUUAUUUAAACUGCUUUAAGAGUUAAUGGCUAUGUUCUAAUAAUCAAUUUCAUCCAUCUAGGUAAGUUUAAUAUUUUAUUAAUAAUAUUCUUUUCAUUAAUACUACAAUUUUUAAAAUACAACUUCAUUAUAUUUGUUAAUUAUUUCACGUUUUGUGGCGCCACGCUACUUUGUUUAGUAUAUGUAUGAAUAAGUAUGGACCAUGAUUUUGGCAUGUUGUGUUAAAUAGAGACACUAAGACAUGAUUAUAAAACAGAACUAUAAUUUUACAUUUACUUUUUUUUCCAAAUCACCUGGUUUCAUCAUAGCUUAAAAAGCCAAUAUAGUUUUGUAGGGACGGGUAAAAGUUUAUUUACAUUUAGAAUAUGGGUACUCAAUGUUUUUCCAUUAGUAAGUUAUAGCUUUAGCUAUCCAAUGAUUCUAUAAACAUUAGUGAUCUAUACAAAGUGAGUAGUUCAGAUGACAAAAUGUGGCUCGUUAGUAGAAAACACGCAGUAACAAGUAUUAAAAGAAAAAAAAAGAUAAGAAAAGCGAGGGAUAUUAACAAAAUUUAAAAGAAAUCUAAUAUUCAGUUUAUAUGAAAUACAAAAAAAUAUACAGCAAUAAAAAAUGAGUUUACUCACAACACAGCACUUGAAAAAGUAUGAUACUAGAAAGUUACACAUAUUAAUCCGCACAGGGAGUGAAAUAUCUAAUAAGUCUUGUAGGGCUCCUGUAGGGCUUCUGUAAGUCUUGUAAGACUCGUAAAUCUGCCGGUCAUGGUCGACCGUCGUAAUUAUAGUAAAGAUGUAAGAACCCUUCAGAACAGAGAGCCUAGUAAUUCAAUUGUCAGAGAGUAUUUUCUGCCUCUAUGCAGACCUCAGACAAACUUUCCCACCCAAGGGCGUUGGGGAUAAGGACUAGCAGAGUCCUGAUACGUUCAUGCCACUGCUCGUGCUGAACCAAAACUAGGUCAACACACAGGCUAUAACAGCUUCUUUUUUACCUUUUCAUGUCGUUCAAAUUUUAUAUUUUUGGAAAAUCUGAAAGUGUAUUUAAAUUAUUUUACUUUAUUAAAAAAAAACAAAAACAAAUAGACUUCUACAAAAGCAUGUUAUUUCUGCACAUUUUUACAGUCUGUCAUAUUAUUAUCUUUUUCUUAUAUUUUUUUUGCACUAGGUAUAUUACCAUUAAUGGAAGUUACAAUCAUCCUGAAUUUUUUUAUCAAUGUAAGAUGAAUUUUAAAAAAAAAAAAUAAUAAUAAUUUUACAAUGUUAUUGCGUAAUGCAUUGAUUUAUUAAUUUCUAUAUGAGUACACUUGUCAGUACAGAUAUUAUACGCUAAAAUGGCGAGCAUUUCUGCGCACAUAACUUCUUUUUGAGGUAGGCUAGGGUCGCCUAAUUCCCGAACUUCUAAGACAUAAGCCACAGACACAUGAAAAUCGAAUAAUGCUAAAAUAUGAUCUAUAUAAAUAAAACUAGAUUCUCAAGAUAGCAAAUCUCAUAUAUCUAUACUUAUUUUUUUCAGGAUGCUACCUAAGGAUAUGCUGCUCCUUCAAAUUCUAAGUCUGAGUCUCAUUCUUCCAAAUGUAAACAGCCAGGAAUGGACACCCAUGGACGACUUUUUUGUUUUUAAAGUUGGUGAUUAUAACAUUUACUUUAACAAAGGCAACACAACAGAGUAAGUGGGACGCAAAAGUGAAAUUAAAAUAAUACAGGUUGUCAGUUUGAGGAAAAGCCUUGGGUAUACAUAUGCAUUACAUUCAAAAGUGUGAAAAACUCUAUCCUUCGUAAGAUAUAUCUAUAUAUAUUUACGGCAUUGAAAGGCAUGCAUAAUUAUCAUGGGAAUUUAAAUGCAUUCUACGUAACUAUAAUGUUUUAUUCUUAGUUAUUAAUUCUAAUAUUUAGUUUAUGUAUUUACUGUUAAUAAAUGUUGAUAUGUCUUUAUCACAAUUCGAACAAGAGCCGUCAGUAAAACGCAACACUUAAAAAAAAAAAUUCUUUAUGUCGGAAUGUCAAAUUACAUUUGACACACGUACACAAUUUCUUUUAAAAGUUUCAAAAUGUCCUUCUCUUCGCAGGUUUUUCAGUUGUAUUUGUAAUAAUCAUAUAACGUGUACACAAACGGCCCACUUCACUGACCAGUUUGAAGUUUACAACACAAUCUUUGAUAACGCUACAUCUAAAGACACAUCUGGCCCUUAUCAGUGUAGUGUUUACUCAACAUUCAGAAGUGACGGCAUUUUCGUUUGCACUAAGGAGGCUGCUUCCGCUAUAUCCAAUACCAGCGUAACUCAAUUGAAACCAAACGGAUGCCUCAAUUCAUUCACCAACGUUACCUGUGAUUCCAACAAUGCCAGUUUGACCUGGGCGGAAUGUAACUACUCGGUCAUGUGCGUAGCCAAUGGUACCGCACUUCUCAACGAGACACACACCCAUCCAGAACGAAAUGGAGGCAUACCGACGAAAUGCACAAAUAUUUCAAACCUCUCCACAAUUUCUAGGACGUCAACUGAAUCUACAACUGGCUACAAUAAACAAUCUAGCCCUGCCUCAAAUUCAACAAAUUUAUUUGAACCUAAUUCAGACACCAAAUUAACAUUAAUAAUUAGCAUUACUGUCUCACUUGGUGUUUUGAUAAUCAUUGUUAUUACUGCGUCGGUAUUAUUUCUAUUUAGGCGUAGAAAACAGCAGUCAAAGAUGAAAAUAGACUCCUUUCAACAUCGCAAUGAUGCAUGUAACGUAAAAAAUACAGAUCAUUACGAUACCUGCACUGAAUCAGAAGCUCCAAAAAUCAUCGAACCUUAUUCUAUUGUAACGUUAAAUGAAUAUACAGCCACCGAAGGCUUAUCAAAUCUUAGGAAAUGCAUCGUCGUUUUUGAUGGUAAUACAAAUCUAAACAACGAUACUGCGCCCACAGCGUAUUCAGAAACUAAAAUUGGAUGUGGCUCAAGUGUUACCGAAUUCAGUGAAAUGACAAAACGCGAUGACAACGCUAAGUGGAAACACGAUCAUGGCAAUCAUCUACAAGAAGUAGGAAAUUUAACGUUGUCAGAGAUGUACUCUAAAGCAGAGACAUUGCCAAAUGUUAUAAGUGAUAAAGAACACAUAUAUUUUGAGUUGGAGCCAGAGUCUAUAACUAAAAACCACCAAGAAGACUCGAUUCAUCAGUGACUUCAAACUGAAAUGUUGGCUUGGCAAGGAAGCGUGUGGGAGUAUACUUUCUUAUCAUUAAGACAGGACAUGCGAAAACAGCUGCAAGACAAUUAUGACACUUACAUUUUAAAACCAUUAUCACAUUCUAUAAUAUUUCACUUCAAUAUACAUUUUACACUGCUUAAACGGUAUAUGGAUGACUUAUAAAGGGGAUUUUGUUAUACUGAAAAAAUGACGUUUGCUAUAUGGAACAGGAUUGAAAACAUUUUCAGUAAAACAUACAAAGAUAUAGAAGAAUUCAAGUCAUGAGGGAAAACUGCACAGCUUCCAUCAUAGAUGCCUGUGUUGAAUUUUGCAAAUUCGAUGGAAGGGCAAAGUGCAUAACACAGAGGAUUUUGAACGUGCCUAUAUGUGUAGCGUGUUCUCCUCUCUUAGCAUGAGGUUGCCUUCUCGUGUUAGGUCAUGUAAGAAGAAUGGAGAGAAACUGCUGUAUGGAAUGUUGACAGAGGGAGCAAUCCUUACUGGACGGACAUGGAUGCACGAGCUUUAAGCGCACUUGCAAAAUGAAUAUGAGGGAAACUAAAAUUCGAAUCAAGGAAAGAGAGAUCAUCAAUGAGCAUCAUUCCAGUCGUUGAAAAAAGCAGUGUGUGCGGUGGUGUUAUGGAAUCAAACAGGCAUAAGAUGUGCGAACAAAGCCCUUGUAAGAAAAAAAAAGCAUUUUGUAUAUUGUUGUGUAUUUCUGAACUGAUAUUUUUUUUUAAAUUUCCGUUAUUUCAAUAUGGCUGCCUACUCCUAUAUGUAUUAUAUCUCAUGGGACUUGAGUUAGGGGCUUGUCUCUGUUAAUGGUAGUUUCUACAUUGACCAAGUUCUCUUCUCAACUUUCGAAAUUUCUGUGUCCUCUUAUUCCACAAUGAAAGCACGUAUUAUUGGUAGAGUAGUUAUAGUUUUGCUCUCUCUUUGCUGACUGUUCUGUCAUCGUGGUGGUAAACUUUGACAUCUUCGAUUACUGUUAUUUUGUGUAUGUUGUGUUUGAUAAUUAUUAGAGCAUUUUUCUGUCUUUAGGGUUGCGAUUGUUUCUCCUCUAUUAACUAGUAUGUCAUUGGGAUUUGCAUCUUUGAAAUUAGAGAUUCUAUAUAUAAAGAUUCCCCAUUCGGUUUUAAAUAGUCUUUCUUUUAAGAAGGUGAACUGUGGUAGUGAAGCAUUAUUAAGCACUUUGUCUACGAUAAAAAUAAUAAGUGGUGCUCGCGUUUUUAAUUGGCUUUUAACUAUUUUUUAUCCACUUCAGUUAAUAAAAAAGUUUGUUCAAGUUGUCUGUUAUUAAAUAGAGUUUCUUUAGGAUCUAUCUCUUUAUCCAAUCUAAUUUGAUGAAAUUUUCUUCUUUAAUCAUCUUCAGUUUAUCUAUAAUAUGUUAAAUAUAUAUUUUUUAUGUAUUCAUAAUUUUUUUUAGUUGUUGUUCACUCAGGGAGCUUAUAAUACUUAAACACUUUCCGAAAAAU